AUGGGUUCCUUCUCACCCUCGUCGGCCACGGCCACCCUGCCGUUCAACGUAAAGAAUAUCGCCGUCAUCGGCGCCGGCCCCAGCGGCUUAGCAGCAGCGAAAUACUUACUCGCGCAGGAUGGUGCAUUCUCGCGCAUCGACGUCUUCGAGCAGCAGGCUGAGGUAGGCGGCGUGUGGAAUUAUAGCCCCGUGCCACGGCCCGCCGAGGCGCUGCCUGUGCCGCAGACCGAUGCGCAUCCCAAGAGGCCGGAUCCGCCGGUUUAUGUUCCCGAGGGCAAGGUGCCGCUGUUUCCGUCUCCGAUGUACGAUGACUUGCACACGAAUAUCCCGCAUACUCUGAUGAAGUACUCGGACUUGGCGUUCCCCGAGGGCUGCGAUAUUUUUCCGACUAGGAGCGAUGUACAAGCGUAUCUGGUUGAGUACGCGAGGGACGUGCGGCAUUUGAUCAAGUUCUCUACGCAAGUUACUGAUGUCUCGCUGCGGAGUGUCGAGGGCCAGCCGCGGGGGCGAGAGCAGGAGCAGUGGGAUGUGAGGACUACGGAUUUACUUACCGGGGAAGAAACUACGGAGACGUAUGAUGCGGUGGUUGUGGCGUCCGGACAUUACUCGACGCCGUAUAUCCCGGACUCUGUCGAGGGCAUUGCGGCUUUCCACGCCAAGCAUCUGGGGGUCAUUUCGCAUUCGAAGCUCUACCGCAACGCGGAGCCGUAUCGCGGGAAGAAAGUCGUGGUUGUGGGAACUGGCGCCUCGGGGCUAGAUAUCGCGGCGCAAAUCCAGCGCGUGUGCAAGACGCCCCUGAUCCUCUCGGCGCAGACUGCAGCUCCUCCCGAAACUCUUGAGCAUAUCGGAAACCCUGUACAAGUCGGGCAGAUCAAGAGAUUUCUGAUCGAGGAGCGGGGCGUUGAGUUCUUCCCCCUAGAUGAGGAUGAAGACGAUAGCGCUGGGAAGAAGGAGAGACGAGAGACGAGAAUCGAAACAGACAUCGACGCCAUACUCUUCUCCACAGGCUACCUCUACACCUUCCCCUUCCUCCCCACCAUCCCCCUCGUCACCAACGGCCGCCAAGUCCAUGGUCUCGCAAAACACCUCCUACACAUCGCGCACCCGACCCUAGCCUUCCCCGGCUUACCCAUAAAAGUAAUACCCUUUCCCCUAACCGAGUCCCAAGGCGCCGUCCUCGCACGUCUAUGGUCAAACACGGUCCCCCUCCCGCCAGUCUCCGUCCUCAAACAAUGGGCGCGUGAAGACGGCGAGGGGACUAGCGAGGGGAAAUAUCAUGUGUUUCCGAAGGGUGGAGAUGGGCGGUAUAUCAAUGGGUUAUAUGAAUGGCUGGAGAAAGAAAGUUUGGGGGGUAGGGGAAAGGAACCGCCGCAUUGGGACGCCGAGAUGCUCUGGCAGAGAGGCAUUUACGCCGAGGCGAAGAUGCAAUAUGAGAAGACGGGGAAGAAGGCCAAGACCCUCGAGGAGCUGGGAUUUCGGUAUGUGCCUGAGGAGGUGAAAGUGAAGAAGGCAGAGGAUGUGGAGGGGCGGGAUCCUCAUUUGGAUAUUGCUGGGUAA